AUGAUACAUCUGCUUUAUGAAUGUAAUGUCUUAUUCAGCUCAUUUGAAUUUGUGGAUAAACUCAAGUGCAUAACCAAAGCCCUGACAGAAGAAUUUAACUGCAGGUCUGAACAGGCGAUGCUGAGUGUGAGUGAACAAGUGUCUCAGGAAAUCCAUCAAGGCCUCAGAGACAGGGGCUUCACUGCCCUGAGCAGUGAAAACGCAGCAUCACUUAUAGGCCAACUCCAGAACAUCGCUAAGAAGGAUAACUGCAUUCGUAGCAUCAUCGAUAAUAGUCAGCGGACCCGUGUACUUCUCCAAUGCCGAUUGGUUCGUGACACGCAGAAAUCUCAGGUAGACUUCCCUGGAGGCUUUACUGUCACUGAGGGGGAGCUGGCAAAACUGGGCUGUAAGUUUCCCAACCUGAUGCAUCCCAACCAGUAGGUGUUUAGCCCCUGCUAUGCUGAAAUAUUAAAAAAUAUCAUCCCAUCAGCUCAGGCACAGGGAACACAAGUGGAGUCUAUCUGA